AGCCGGAGGCGCUGUCACUGCUCAGAGCUUCGUCUUUUGUGUGCAAAAAUGGCUCAACCUAACUGAACUAAAGGCCCAUUCCCUCUCUUUAGACCUCUAAAUUGAAACACCUCCUCACCUUCUUUCUUUGCCAUGGCUUCUCGCAGUUUCGUUGCGGUCUCUCUUCUCUCUUUUCUCUUCUUGUUUUCUUCAGCUUCUGGAGCUCUUCCUUCUGAUUCCGACAAAGUCUCUCUUGGUUUGUACUACGAGUCUCUUUGCCCUUACAGUGCCAAUUUUAUCAUCAACUAUCUUGUUAAGAUCUUCGAAAAUGGGCUCAUCUCCAUCGUCGAUCUCAACCUCGUUCCCUUCGGUAACGCAAAGAUCAGGGGCAACAACACCAUUGAUUGCCAGCAUGGCCCAGCUGAAUGCUUACUAAACACUGUGGAAGCUUGUGCAAUUGAUGUGUGGCCUGAUCUGAGUCAGCAUUUUUCUUUCAUAUACUGCAUUGAGACUUUGGUAUAUGAGCGCAAAUAUCCCCAGUGGGAAACAUGUUUUGAGAAGUUAGGGUUGGACCCAAAACCCAUCUCUGAUUGCUACAAUAGUGGAUAUGGCAAAGAGCUUGAACUCAAAUAUGCAGCUGAAACAAAUGGCCUGCAGCCUCCUCAUAAAUACGUCCCUUGGGUGGUUGUGGAUGGACAACCACUUUACGAGGAGUAUGAGAACUUCAUCAGCUACAUCUGCAAGGCUUAUAAAGGCACUUCAAUCCCUAGUGCUUGCAAUGAACUAUCCCUUAAUACCAUUGUGAAGGAAAAUGUGAACCCUGCCGGUCCAGUUUGCUAUACAGAGGAGACAAUAAAGCCAACAUUAUCAUCAAUAAUAGGAUCAACAAUCAAAGCUUGGAUGCAGCGUAUGAACAGGGCAGCCUUAAUAUAAAUGUCUUCAGGUUUCAUGUACUCCUUGAAUUUAAUCAUUGUUGCUGCUAUGCUGGUAUUAUGCAAGUCUUGGAACCCUGGUUAGGUUGUCCAUAAAAGAGACUGAAUCAUGGUUGUGGUAUUGUUAUUGAUUAUUUGUUAUCACAAUUAUAUGAAGGCUGAAAAGCUCUUGUCCAAGUGCGAAGUA